CUGAGAGGAACGAACAUUAGUGUUCCUCGUGCCAGGGAAGGAAGCCCAUCAGCUGAUCCGGCAGCUUCGGACAUCAACCCGAGACUUUAUAGAUCUCGCUUGUUUUUCCUUCAAGUUUCGUGACGGAGAUAUUCAGUAAAAUAUCAGAAGUCAAGUGCAUGUCCCGAUAUGGCACCGAGACCAGAAUUGGAGCGAUCCACAGGAAAUUUAUGCACCGCAGACUCUAUUGGGCAUUCGACGCCCGUUACCUCACACAAAGGUGACAUCAAAGAUGGGACUGGAUCGCCUCGCUCACUUAAGAGCGAUUCGAUCACCGUUACAGUCCCACCUGACGGCGGAUGGGGUUGGGCAGUCCUUUUUGGCACCAUGCUGGUCAAUCUGGUGACCAUCGGACAUGUCAAAUCCUUUGGGGUGUACUUCCCCAAUCUCAUGCAACAUUUUUCUGCAUCUCCUUCGCGCGUAGCAUGGAUCCAGGCGCUACAGAUCUCCACCUGUACCUUUCUAUCACCUGUGUCGAGUAUUAUGUCUCAAGUGAUAGGACCGAGGAAUGUAGCGUUGGUUGGAGGAAUUUUAGCGUGUUUUGGUCUUACUGUAUCAUCUUUUGUUUCUAAAUUAGGAUAUAUAUAUGUUUUCUACGGAGUGAUGCAAGGAUUGGCUGCUACACUAUCAUUUACGCCUGGUGUGAUGAUGAUUGGACAAUAUUUUGACAAAAGACGAGGUUUUGCGAAUGGACUCGGAAUGGCUGGAAAUGCUCUUGGCGGAAUCUUGAUUCCGCUACUUGUCGAUCGUCUCAUAGCCAUAUACGGGGUGAAUGGGGCUCUACUGAUAAUGGGCGGAGUAAUCUUACAUGCAUGUGUUGGCGCCAUGUUUUGGCAACCCGUCGAACAACAUAUGGUUAAGGUUAAAAGAGUGGCAGAAUCUGUCGAUAAUGAUAGCCUGUAUCUUGACGUUGAAGAGGAUGACGAAGACAGCAAACUCGAGCUACAGGAGAAUCUUCCGUUUGAUGGUAAAUUUUUUGGAGCAAAGAGAUCCACGUCCGUCGACGAUCUCGCUAUUCGUAAAUUGGCGAGCCCGCGACCAUGGGAUUUUUAUUCUCGACAGAUAUCCAUGCCAGGCCAAACUGUAGACGACGUCACAGAAAAUUUGAUAUAUCCAUCUAUUUCAGAUAGAUAUUCAACAUUACUCAGCUCUCAUAGCGCCGAUACUAUCCCCGAUCUUCAGGAGAUUAGAAUGAGAAAACUUAGGACGGAAUCAAAGGCUUCUUCGUUUCUUUAUCUCAGUACAUUUCAUCUCGCUCCUUCAUAUGGAGCUUUAUUAACAAGAGAAAGAAUUGCCGAAGAUUCAGAAACUACUACUCCGUGUCCGGAUAUAGAUAUUCAAGAGGAAAUCGAUGACAAGAAUAACAAUAAUAACUGCGAAAAGAAACAAACUGUAGUGAAAAAGAAACGACGUCUUUCUAUGCCUUGUUUUAGAAAUAUAGGCAUAGAUCUCUCUAUACUUCACAAUAGUGUAUUCUAUGUAUUGAUGGUAUCAAUUAUGUGUCAUUUAUUAGGAUAUCCAGGUACACAAAUGUUUUUACCAUAUAGAGCCACGACUUUGGGCUUGUCACAGCGUCAAGCAGCAUCUUUAUUGUCAAUCUUGGCAUUCACCGAUCUUAUAGGUAGGAUUGGUUGCGCAUGGUUGUCCGAUUUCCACUGGUUUCCAAGAAAAUAUUGGUUCAUUGUAGGAAUCUUCAUGUCUGGAGUAUGCGCUUUUUCCAUGCAGUUCACUUACGAUUAUUUAUCAUUGUGUGCCUGUUCCGCUGCAUUUGGACUCGCAUCUGGCGCAUACGUUGGACUUAUGGUAGCCUUGUUUGCCGAUGCUUUUGGAGGAAAAUUGGUAGCCCUAGCUUACAGCCUCGCUAAUAUGUUGUCCGGAUUUGUCGCACUUGGAGGAACUCCACUCAUGGGUUAUGUACUAGAACAAACAGGAAGCUAUAGCAUUUGCCAGACAAUUCUUGGAUUAUCUCAAAUUCUUGGUGCUGCUGUUUGGGUCUUCGAACCAUUUGCCGUUAGAAGAGAGAAAAGAAAGUCUAUGGAACAAGAAAAUGACGAUUCUAAAGUGUAAAUUGGAAUGAUAAUAUAAUGCACUUGGUUCAAGACUGCAAUGUUUGUCGAUUAGGAAUGUAGCUGAUGUAUUAUAGAUUAGUUAUCGCUCAUUAUGUCUCCAAAAAUAUUUUCAUUCAUUUUGCCUAAUAAUAGUAUAUAGCAUAAAUGUUUCAAUGUCAUCUAGAGAGUAAAAAAAUAAUUAUAAUUUCAAUCAUUUUAAACACGCUUCUAAGAAGCAAUGCAGUAGAUAAUGUACAGUGUGUCCUAAAAAUCACUGCAAGCACUCUGGAUCAGAAACCUAAGCUUAUUAUAUCACUUAAGCAUUAUUUUUAUUUUGUGGCUAUCAUAUGAGAAUAUCGAGUUAGAAUAUAUUAUUUAAAAGAAUUUAUAGCUUAAGCACAAUUAAUUGUUGCAUAUAGAUUAAAUAAUAAGGUGCAUAUAAAAGUUGUGCCAAGUUUGCAUAAUUAUCCUAAUAAUCUUACGAUCAACAAGGAACUUAAACUGACACAUCUUUUUAAAAAAUUAUAAUUUGUUUGUAAUGAAUAUAUGGAGUUUUGAGAUAAAACUCCAAUAUGAAUCAAUUUUGUAGAUACUUUAAAUUUUGAUAGAGGAUAUAUAUAUUAAAUUAAAAUGAACGAUGACAAUAUUUAUUAAUCGUAACAAUUUUCAUAAUUACAAUAAAGCAAAUAUUUAAUUUGUAAUGGUAAAUAUUCAACUAUUGAUUAAUGUUGUCAGUACGAAUACUGAUAAAUAUAUAUAUAUAUAUUGUUAGAUUUUGGAGAAAUAUCACAAUAAUGAGUUAAUAUAAUUUGUAAUAAAGUAAAAUAAUUUGUAGAAAACAAUUUGUAAUGAAAAUUAUAAAUGAUUUUUUGGUUCGUUCCCUUUUGCAUUGUUAAAAGAGCUUCCUUAAAUUUCAAGAAUCCAUGCUAAACGAACAAACUGAUGCUAAUAGCAAUUUAUAUAUUAAAGAGGGACCAUAUCGUGCCAUACAGAUAUCAUUGCUUUAGAAACUAAUGUUUAAAACGAUGUUUUAAGCAGUAUUUAAUAACUGUUCGCGGAAAUCCUGUUGUCCAGGCCGUUCAGAAUUAAUGAUUUCGCGGACACACUGUAGUGUAACACAGCGUUACGUUUCCAAUGGAAACAUAUUUUCUAAGGAGAUUUAUCUCCUGUUUUGUUUAUCCAUGAAUUUAUUUCUGUUAUUUUAAAUCUAGAAAGCAAAGGGUUUUAGAAUAUCAGCGCCAUCUUGGUGUCAAGAUACUACCUGCACGUGUUCACAAUCUUACACGGUGCCCUUACGAGCAGCAAUUAACUGUUUUGCUUUGAUGCAACGGUGGGAGAACGUACAAUAUAUCCUGUGAUAUUUCAAUAUUUUUUUCUUCCUUUUUGUCUCUCAAGUGCAUAGUAUUGUUUCGUAUUCAUCCUCUGAAAGUUCUGGUUGCAUUUGAAAGACUAGAAUCGAAUCCUAAAAAAAAAAAGAUAAAGGAAAGUUGAUUUCGCACGAUAUAAGAUUGCUAGGAUUUUAAAUAUUUGUAAACAUAUUUCAUGAGGUUUGUUUA